CAUUCACUGGGAGGAAGGUGGUGGGUCGAGUGGCUUUUGUGCUCUUCCCUGGGCCGAAGCAGCAGCUGGAAGACAAAGAGGGUGCCGAUAAGAGUACUCCGGACAACUGAGAAUAGCAAGCAACUUUGAGAAGGAAAGCAAAUCAAUCCAGAAAUCAAGAUAGUUUCUAUUUCCGUCAGAAAAAAACCACAAUUUUUCUCCUUCCUCAGGAGGUGAUAGACAAAAGAGAGAAAAUCGAGAGAGAUUUCAAGCUGAAAUAAGUAGAGUAUUCAGAAGAGGAAAAUAUCUGGAAGUCAGUGGGGAGAAAAAGGACACAUAGAGCAGAUAAUAAUGGAGGCUUCAGCCUGUGAGGAAGAAAACAAUAGCUUGAAUCAAAGCUCCACCCAACAAGAAUCACAGAUAUGUUUGACCUCUUCAAGAAUAUCAGUGGUAAAAAAGUUCCACAGACCUAUCUACUGUGGGAAAAGAACAGAUUCCAAACCACAGCUGAUUGUGGACAACAGGAUCCACACUGGAGAAAAGCCAUACAAAUUAUCUGAAUAUGGCAAAAUCUUUCUUCAGAACAGCUCCCUUGUGGAUUCUGGAAGGACCCACACAGGAGAGUUGCCCUACAAGUGCUCCCAAUGUGGUAAAUGCUUUAGCGAAAAUGACAACUUGGUGAUACAUCAGAGGAGUCACACCAGGGAGGAAAUGUAUGACUGUCCUGAUGGUGGGAAAAGUUUUACGGCAAAUUCCCAUCUGGUGAUACACCAAACGACUCACACAGGAGAGAAACCCUUUCAAUGUGCUGAUUGUGGGGAAAGUUUCAGUCACAAUUCCAGCCUGGUGAAACACCAGAGAACUCACAUAGGAGAGAAACCUUUUGAAUACCCUGGUUGUAGUAAAGGUUUUGAUCAGAAUUCCCACCUGGUGAUACACCACAGGACACAGACAGGAAAGAAAUUAUAUGUGUGUCCUGACUGUGGGAAAAGUUUUAUUGCAAAUUCCCACUUGGUGAUACACCAAAGGACUCACACAGGAGAGAAACCUUUUGAAUGUGCUGAUUGUGGGAAACGUUUCAGGCAGAAUUCAAGUCUGGUGAAACACCAGAGGACUCACACAGGAGAGAAACCAUUUGAAUACCCUGGUUGUAGUAAAAGUUUUGAUCAGAAUUCCCACCUGGUGAUACACCACAGGACGCACACAGGAAAGAAAUCAUAUGUGUGUCCUGAUUGUGGGAAAGGUUUCAUUGCAAAUUCCCAUUUGGUGAUACACCAAAGGACUCACACAGGAGAGAAACCCUUUGAAUGUGCUGAUUGUGGGAAAAGGUUCAGUCAGAAUUCCAGCCUGGUGAAACACCAGAGGACUCACACAGGAGAAAAACCAUUUGAAUGUCCUGAUUGUGGAAAAAGUUUCAGUUUGAAUUCCAACCUGGUGAUACACCAGAGGACUCACACAGGAGAGAAACCCUUUGAAUGUCCUGAUUGUGGGAAAAGUUUCAGUCAGAAUUCCCAUUUGGUGAUUCACCAGAGGACUCACACAGGAGAGAAACCAUACGAAUGCCUUGAUUGUGGUAAAUGUUUCAGUAAAAACUCAAACUUGGUAAAACACCAGAGAAUUCACACAAGAGAGAAACCAUAUGAAUGUUCAGAUUGUGGAAAAAGUUUCACUCUCAGUUCUGACCUGGUGAUACACGAGAGGAUUCAUCGAGGAGAAAAACCAUAUGAAUGUCCAGAAUGUAGGAAAACUUUCAGUUACCGUUCUGAUUUGAUGAAACAUCAGAGAACUCACACAGGAGAAAAACCAUAUGAGUGUGCAGAGUGUGCGAAAUGUUUCAGUUACAGUUCUGAUCUGGUGAAACACCAGAGGACACAUACAGGAGAGAAACCUUUUGAAUGUUCUGAUUGUGGGAAGAGUUUCAGUCAGAAUUCCAACUUGGUGAAACACCAGAGGACUCACACAGGAGAAAAACCCUUUGAAUGUCAUGAUUGUGGGAAAACUUUCAGUCUGAAUUUCAACCUAGUGAAACACCAGAGGACUCACACAGGAGAGAAACCCUAUGAGUGUCCGGAUUGUGCAAAAAGUUUCAGUCACUGUUCUGACCUGGCGAUACACCAGAGGACUCACACAGGAGAGAAACCCUUUGAAUGUCCUAAUUGUGGCAAAGGUUUCAGUCAGAAUUCCAACCUGGUGAGACACCAGAGGAUUCACACAGGAGAGAAACCCUUUGAAUGUUCUGAUUGUGGAAAACAUUUCAGUCAGAAUUCCAGCCUUGUGAUUCACCAGAGGACUCACACAGGCGAGAAACCGUAUGAAUGUCCAGACUGUGGAAAAGAUUUCAGUAGUAGGUCUAGUCUUCUAAGUCAUGUUGGUUUACACACUGGCGAGAAACCUUUCAGAUGUCCAGUCUGUGGACGGUACUUCAGGCAUAAAUCGUCCUUUAUCGCACACAAGGAAAUCCAUGUGAGGCAAAGGUUGGCCAGUUUAGAAAAAGCUUGAAUUUCAUUUCUGAUUUCCGAUUGGAAAUGUAGUUGAGAAAUUGACUAUUUGAAUUCUGACCUGAUUCUUCUUACUCAAACAUCUAUCAGGAAUAGAUAGAUAGGUGGAGAGAAAAAAAAAAUGAAAAAUGCUACUUUCAUAAAGGCGAACUCCUGUUUCUCUUUUCAGCAAAAGAUACUGUGUGUUUCCUUUUGCCGAAGUUGUGGAAUUCCUCAUAAAGGGGUUUUUUUGUGGUGUUUUUUGUAUAUUGAUUAUGGAAUUUCCACAUCUCGAGUUUCAGCCUUCUUUUUGGGUGUCCUCCAGAUUCUGAGUCUCACAGUUCCUCAGCCAGCAUACAAGAAGCCCUAGACUGUAACGGGAGCAGCCAAUUAUGGUUGCAUUUUGCAAUGGCUCUUAAAGCAAGAAUGUUUUGGUUAACUAUCCCACUCCCUGAUCUCUGUGAUACCGCCGUUAAGACAAAUGUGCAAAUCGCUAAGCGGAACACUGGCUACCUCAGGAUUGUGGGAAGCUCUUUGCGGCCUAGCAUAGGCCCAGGCUUGCCUCCUCAGGCCUGCCUUACCCUCGGAGACACCCAGUGCUCUGAUUCCCAACCCUUGGUCACCCCAAGCCUUUUCCUCCCCAAAAGACCCCCACCAGGUUUUUCCCUCCCCCGUAGGAUUCUCAAGGUUUCCCCCCCACAGAGUCCCCAAAGGCAUUUUCCCACUCCCACUGGCUCCCUGAAGGCCUUAAGCUAUUCCAGGCAAAUGGCUGUCCCAUCUCCUCUUAAAAAACUCCACUGGUGGAGCACCCACAACUUCUGGAAGCAAGCCGUUCCGCUGAGUAAUGGUUCUCACUGACAGGAAAUUUCUCCUUAAUUAUAGAUUGGAUCUCUUUUUGAUAAGUCUCCCUCUGUUACUUAGUGUCCAUCUCUCAGGUGCUUUGGAGAAUAGAUUGACGCCCUCUUUUCUAUGUCCUUCAAAUAUUGAAAGACUGCUAGUCACCCUUUUCUGUGGUAGAUUAGACAUAUCCAGUUCCUGCAACUCUUUAUUGUAUGUUUUAGCCUCCAGUCCCCUAAUUACCUUUGUUGCUCUUCUCUGAACUUUUUCUAGAGUCUCAACAUCUUUUCUGUAUCAUGGUGACCAAAUGUGGAUGCAGCAUUCCAAGUGUAGUCUUACCAUUACAAUAUAAUGCAGUACUGACACUUCAUGUGAUGUUGAUACUAUCCCACUGUCGAUGCAGACUUGGACCACACUGGCUUUUUCUGCAACUGCAGCACAUUGUUAGCUUAUACUUCAGUGGUUGUCCGUUAGGACUGGUAGAUCCCUCUCCCAGUUACUGCUGUUGAGCCAGGUCAAAGUCAAGGUCCUUUUUAAAACUGCAGAGUUAUGAGGGCGAAAUAUUCAUCUGAAUGUUCAUACUUUCUUUUUCCUGUAUCCUAUGCCAAGGAACUUUUUUUUUUUGUUAUUUUUAAUUCAGUACUUCAAUCUGUGGGAACAUUUGUAGGGAAUGCCCUUGGCAUUGAACUUACUGAGCAGUUUUGCAUUAAAAUGAUUGAUCCAAACACUGGUUUAUCCUUUCAAAGCGCCUGGGGAAAAUGGACCCCUUCCUGCCCACCUCUCCUUUUAAAAAAGCCCAGUUAAAAUACCAUCAUCCCUGCGCCACGCUGAAGUAA